GAAAACCGUCUCUCCCUUUUUCUCUCUCUGACUUCUAUAAUUUGCUUAGCUUAAAACAAGUAAGAUUUUUUUCCAUGAUAUUUCUCUUCUUGUGUCUUUUCUCUUUCUUCAAAUAUUUGAAUUUAAAUUAUCUAUUUUGGCUGAAAAUUAACCUCUUAAUUCGUUUCUAGUUAAUUUGGGUGUAUCUUCUGUCAUCAGACAUUGAUUUGUGUUGAGGUUUCUGAACUCAUUUUGGCUUGUAAUUUCCCGACCUAGGAGAAAUUGAGAGAGCAAGGAAACUAAUUUCCCUUAAUUUAAUUAACCCUAGGAUAUAUAUUGUUGCAGAAGAGGAUGGGAAGAGGGAAGAUUGCGAUCCAGAGAAUCGACAAUUCAACAAGCAGGCAGGUGACUUUCUCCAAGAGGAGAAGUGGAUUACUGAAGAAGGCAAGGGAGUUGUCGAUUCUCUGUGAUGCCGAAGUUGGAUUGAUCAUCUUGUCUAGCACCGGCAAGCUCUAUGAUUAUGCCAGCACUAGCAUGAAAUCUGUUAUUGAACGCUACAGCAAACUGAAAGAGGAACAUCAACAACUGCUGAAUCAUGCUUCCGAAGUCAAGAUAGAUCAAAAGUUAGCCAAUACCAUUGCAGUGGUUCUACCAAGGUAUUACACGGUGUGUACCAACCCAACUAGAAUCUUUCCUAGUAGCAUCAAAACAGUGUGAAUGAAGGGAAGUAAGACCGCGUAAGAAUGUUUCCAUACUUCACUAGCAAAUGGUGACUGACCACAAUGGAGGUAAGUAUGUCAAUAUAGGAUUAGUGACAUG